AUGGACAAAACUCUUUUAUUUGUGGAAGGGACGAUUCCCCUCACAUUCAAUGGCGAGGCAUUCUAUACAUACUACAAGGUCGUCGGAAAUCCUCCCAGCUCAACUUCAUCCAGCCGUCCUCCCGUCAUCGCUAUUCACGGUGGUCCAGGCUUCUCUCAUGACUACAUUCUUCCCAUCUCCGACAUAGUUGUUCGCGAUCCGUCGACCACCGUCAUCUUCUACGACCUACUCGGAGGAGCCCGUUCGACUCACCUUCCGCACAAGCCCGAGACGUUCUGGACGUUCGAACUCUUCGUCGCGGAGCUCGACAACCUCGUCAGACACUUCGGUUUACAGGACAAGCCCUUCGAUCUACUCGGACAUUGUUUCGGAGGGGCACUUGCGAUGGAGUAUAUCGUGGAGCAUCAGCCAAAGGCGUUGAGACGACUCGUCCUGGUCACCUCGUGUGCCGACUCCCCUAGCCAACACGCGGAGAGGAAGCGAUUGAUAGGGGAGCUCCCGAGUGGUCCAAGGGAAAUAUUGUUGGAGUCGAUGGCGAAGCAUGUUCAGGAGGGAGCGCCAUUUUUGAAGGAGGAGAAGGUCGCCUGGCGUCUUUUCUCCGAUAUCAACUGUUGCAACGUCCACCCACUCCCCGCAGAGUUGCAGUACAGCGCUGAACAGGCAGAGGACGAUGCUGGGGGCUCUGCCCCGCUCAAUGCGAUGCGUAACAAUGUCCUGGAACAUAAUUGGGACAUCAAGGACCGCCUGCACCUCAUCAAAGUUCCGACUCUUCUUUUGAAUAGCGAACGCGGUUACAUGACCGACGCCGUUGUAGCACCGUUGUUCAACUCCAUCGAGAAGGUCAAAUGGGUCAAGUUUGCCAAGUCGAGCCAUACACCUUUUUGGGAGGAAAGGGAGCGGUUUAGCAAGGUCUUGAGCGGAUUCUUGGAACAGGCAUAG